AUGCUUCCUAUCAGACGAAGCGUGGCUCUUCAAGCUACGAGGAGCUGCCGCACUAUCUUCCAGCGACAAAUUGUCUCCCCACGAACGUUUCGUCCCAGCUUCUAUACGACCUCGGCCCGCCUCCGUCAGAAUGCGUUCCCUUCCCAUACCGAGACCGGCCCUACCGCCACCGACUUCCUCGUCUCCAAGCCCACCUUGAAGAUUGAGAACCCGCAGACCUUGACCGAGAAGAUUGUUCAGCGAUACGCAGUCGGCCUCGCCCCCGGCAAGAAAGUACGCGCUGGCGAUUAUGUAACCAUCAAACCUGGUGCCUGCAUGACCCACGACAACUCGUUCCCCGUCGCCAAAAAGUUCAUGGGACUCGGCGCUGAGAAAAUACGAGACCCCAGUAUGGUCGUCUUCACAUUGGAUCAUGAUGUGCAGAAUAAAUCACCACAAAACUUGGAGAAGUAUCGUUUAAUCGAGGAGUUUGCCAAGAAGCACGGCAUCGAUUUCUAUGGUGCUGGCAGAGGAAUUGGUCAUCAGGUAAUGGUGGAGGAAGGCUAUGCCUGGCCGGGUACCAUGGCAGUCGGAUCGGACAGUCACAGCAACAUUUAUGGUGGAAUAGGGUGUCUCGGGACGCCCGUUGUCAGGACUGAUGCUGCGUCGAUAUGGGCAACUGGCCGUACCUGGUGGCAGGUUCCUCCCAUCGCCAAGAUCACAUUCACCGGAACCCUGCCUCAUGGAGUCACUGGCAAGGACGUCAUCGUUGCUCUGUGCGGACUGUUCAACAAGGAUGAGGUUUUGAACCACGCCAUAGAAUUCGCCGGCUCUGAAGAGACCAUGCGAAGCCUUCCCGUCGACGCGAGGCUGACGAUAUCAAACAUGUCUACCGAGCACGGAGCGUUGUCCGCCAUGUUUCCAAUUGAUGCGACCCUAGAAGCCUGGUUGAGGGCUAGGGCAACAGUCUCAGCUAUGGUGAGCCCAGAUGGUAAGGCUCACAGCCGUCUGAGCCACGAACGCAUCGACAGCCUCUUCGAGAACCCCGUCACCGCUGACCCCGGCGCGACAUACGCCAAGUCGCUGUACAUGGACCUCUCUACCUUGUCGCCAUUCGUCGCUGGCCCCAACUCCGUCAAGGCUGUGACGCCUCUCAAGGACCUCGAAGCCCAGGAUGUCAAGAUCGACAAAGCCUACCUCGUUUCGUGCACGAACUCCCGCGCCUCGGACAUUGCAGCCGCAGCGCGUGUUUUCCGCGAGGCCUCCAAGAACGGCCAACCCGCCAAGAUUGCCCCUGGUGUCAAGUUUUACUUGGCUGCUGCGUCUUCUCUCGUACAAGAGGCUGCCGAAGAAGCAGGCGACUGGCAGGUGCUCCACGAAGCAGGCGCGGAGCUUCUCCCGGCAGGGUGCGGGCCUUGUAUCGGACUGGGUACUGGUCUUUUGGAGCCCGGCGAAGUUGGCAUUUCGGCGAGCAACAGGAACUUCAAGGGCCGCAUGGGCUCUACCGAAGCCAAGGCAUAUCUCGCUAGCCCCGAGGUUGUCGCUGCUAGCGCCCUGCAAGGCAAGAUUGCCGGCCCUGGCUGGUACGAGAAGCCGGAGGGGGUUGACAAGGUAAUCAUUGGCGAGGGCGUCGGCAACAUGACUGCCGACAUUGCAACGUCAAUUGAGGAUGCUCUCGAGAAGCUCAUAUCCCAGGCUGACAGCAUCAUCGCCGAGUCGGAGAAGGGACUCUCCGGCGCCCCUGCCGGAGAUACCGCUGCGGCUGAAGGCGAAGAGACGUUGACCGAGAUUCUGCCCGGAUUCCCCGAGAAGGUGGAGGGCGAGAUUGUUUUCUGCGAUGCUGAUAACCUCAACACUGACGGAAUUUACCCUGGUAAGUACACGUACCAGGACAACGUCUCGGUGGAGAAGAUGGCCGAGGUGUGUAUGGAAAACUACGACACCUCCUUCCGCGACAUCGCCAAGGCCGGCGACAUCCUCGUGUCCGGCUUCAACUUCGGCACGGGCAGCUCCCGCGAGCAGGCGGCGACGGCGAUCCUGGCCAAGAAGAUCCCGCUCGUGGUGGCGGGCAGUUUCGGCAACAUCUUCAGCCGCAACAGCAUCAACAAUGCGCUCAUGGGCGUCGAGGUGCCCAAGCUCGUGCAGCGGCUGCGCGAGACAUUCAAGGGCGAGGACGGCGACAAGGUGCUGACACGCCGCACCGGCUGGAAGCUGAAGUGGGACGUGCGCAGGAGCAAGGUCACGGUCACGGAGAAGAGCGGCGAGACCUGGAGCGUCAAGGUCGGCGAGCUGCCUCCCAACGUGCAGGAGAUCAUUGCCUGCGGCGGUCUGGAGGAAUGGGUGAAGGCCGAUAUCCGGAAAGAGAGCGCCAACAACUAG